AUGAAACUGAGAGCUGUUUUUAACAGGCAACGGGAAGUUCUGGAAUUAUUAGGGGAUGCAAUUACCCUUAAUGAUUGCCGGGAAGCUGUAUGCAGAAGGUUUAACCUGAGGUAAGUACAUCGAUUCUGUCUCUAGUGACCAUAAAAAAAUCUUUUCCAUUUGUAUAACUCCCUGCUUUGAUUAUGCAAUACUCUUUCUUGCUUUUUCAUCUAGUGCCAGAGGUAUUCUGUUGUUUUGUUUUUCUUUGGUUUGGAUAAAACCAUGGUAUGGAUUCAUGUUAUUAAAUGAAUAAUGCAUCAAUCAAUUCCAGGUGCGCCCAAGCCCCCUAUUUGCCAGCUCAAGUUCCCCCCCCCCCCACACCCCUUUAGGCCGGGAUGGGGGGACAUGGGCAAAUCUGCAAUAGACCUUUUUACCAAUACGGUGACGAUAUUGAAUUUAUUAGAUUUAAGGAGUAUUAUGUGGUGCCUAGGGGGCACUUGCUCAGUAUUUAUGCACACUUUUCAGGCGAAAAGAGAACUUCACUGUAUAUUUCUCAGGAAAAAGGCAAUCAUUAUUACAUCCAAACAUGGCACAACGAUCUUGUUUUCCCAUUGCAAUCUUUUUGUAGGAAAACUUAAAGAAAAAUUGGAGCGAAAAGCGCGUGUAGUUACCAGCGAAUAUAUUGGAUCGUUGUCGUGCCCCCUGGGAAUCAUAAUUCAAUGUGGCCGCUUUAUCAGUAAAAAGGUCUAUUGACUGAUUCAUAAAUAUUUGGCUAUGCAUGGAAAUUUGUUCUCAAUAUCAUCCCAUACUUGACAACUUACUAUUGAAACUGUGUCAAUUCUCUUUUCUUUCUGUUUUUUUUGGUAGAAGAAACAACUUUAACUUAAGUCUUAAUGGCCAGGAUAUUUUGGAUAAUGAUAGUGUCCCACUCAAAGACUUGGGAAUAGUGAAUGGGGACUUGAUCUAUGUGAUACCCGCCAGUCGAGACUCAGAGCAACAUGGAGAUAACCCAGGAAAUCAAUAUGCAGAUUUCCUUGCUGAUCAACACCCUUUCCAACACUCUCCUGAAAGAGGUGACUCCCUCCAGGUAAUAAACAUGAUGAAUCAUUACACCAUAUUGAAGUAUGUGUUUUAAAUAAGGCUCCUAGAAUUAACAUGAGAUGUCCUUGUAUUUCUCAGGACUACAGGAAGCGUCAUAUCUUUUGUAUACCUUAAGGCUAAAGAAGGCAACAAUUUCCUGCAAUUUGUUAUGUAGCAAUGUGUUCAAAAGGCCGUUCACUUUUGUGCAAAUUACCCAAUAUAUCAUGAAACACAUUCUUUUGUUGUUGAGGGAACCAGAACUUUAAUUUUCUUCAACUUGGACACUUUUUACACACAGGUGAUAAGUAGGUAGAUAAAGAUACCCAAUACAUAAGAGCCAGGGGGGGUGGGCAUUCAGCCUGAACUUAACCCAGUAUCUAACGCACAAAGCAAUAAGGAACUUUUUUGGAUCAUUUUACAUUUCUGGGAAACUGCCCACCUACCCCUCCCCUAAGCCAACAUUGAGCCCUAAGUAAGAAGUAAGAACUGAGUGUUAUUGUUGGUUUAGGGGAGGGGCAGGUGGGCAGUUUCACAGAAAUGUAAAAUGAUCCACUUUUUCUACCCCCCCUCCCCCACCCCUAAAAAAAAUAGGGUCAUUCCAUUUAAGAGUUACCACUGUAUAUUUUUGGGCAUUUAUAUCAGUCGUCCUGUUUUAAAACUUCUUUAGUGUAAUUCAGGAGCAUCCACGAGCAUGCAGCAUGACAUGCCACAGACUAGUACAGCAUCUGUUACAUCACUCCGAUCACAUGUCCUCCUUUGCCGAGAGGGAAUUCCAGAAACUUUGGAAGAUCUCUACAGAGCUGCAGAAGUUGGAACAAUUCAUGAGGCUUCUUGGAUUGUUAUUCACUUCUUAAUGUUAGAGACCGGAUACAUAUGUGCAUCAGAGGUACUUUACAACAAAUUAUUGUAUUAUAGUAGAUAUGGUGAAGGCAAAAUUCAUUCCAAGGUUAAACCAUUGUUCAACCUCUCAAAGGAGACAAAGGAAAAUCUUGGUUUAACCUGAAAACAGAUUUUACCAUCCAACAGAUAUACCAUGAUUGACAAAGACAACGCAAUGGAAUAAAAAAUUAUAUCCUCAACAAGAUGUUUCUAUUUAUUUUGGCAGAAUUUAAAGGAAGGCAGUGAAGCUGACAGAUCACAGAAGAUUGUUCUUCCUGUGGAUUGGAAAAAGGGUGGAACUGCAAGAAUAAAAUACACACAUGCGUCUUGUCCUGGUUUGACCUCGUCUUUGACUUGUACCUCUUUAGGACCUUACGUUAUGGUACAUGGUAUGUCAGAGUGAAUUCUCUCCUUCUUUUGUAACCUUGUCAGCUUUGCUUCCAAUAAAAACUGCGUUUUUUGGCAAGAUUUGAAAACUGUAAUCUUUAUAGGAAAGCACCACUCAGAUGGUGUCAUGAAAUAAUGUUAAGAUCUACAUUGUUGCAAAAAAAACACUUCAGGACAAUUCUGUGGACUGUGUGUUUUUGCUUGGUCACAGGGCAGGGCUCUGGGAUAAUUAUGUUGUGCUCAGUAGCAGUAUCAUUAUUUUGGAUUCCAGGUAUUGCUGAUUCAGUGUCAGGAAGUGAAAUAUACCAGUGUAGAUUGCAGCCAACCGAUUUUGUGCGGGGGAAUGUGGACCUCAAAACCAGUGGUAGGUAUUCUUGUCACUUUUCAUCUCUUUUGGGAUACUUACAAGCCUUUCUAUCCCUUGGAGUACUUUAUAGUCAAUGAACUGCAGAACUUUUCUUUAACACGAAGAUAGGUCUGUUUUUUCAGUAGCUUUGAUCUGUCUGAUGGACCUUUUAAAUUUUCUUUGUAAUCAGUAGUUGUUAAAAUUUUAGGAGCAUCUACUGUGUAUUAUAACCUUCAUCGGCUUUCAAGACUCAUCAAGGAUCAAGUAGCUUAUCCUCUGCUGGCCUUCAUGAGAUCUGGUAAGAAGGUUUUUAUUCUCCUGUUACAGAGAAUGAUUUACUUUUUGUUCUCAAAUGACUGGAGUUAUUUUAUCUUUCAUAAUCAUGUUUUUAUCGUUAGAAGAUUUGCUAUUAGCUAGUGUAAUGAUGUUAUGUAUUUUUAUCAGUAUAAAUAUAUUAUUAUUAUUAUUAUUUUUAUUAUUAUUAUUAUUACUAUUAUUAUUACAUGCUGCUGUAUUAUGUAUUACACCUUUUGAUUUUUUCAAGCUCUUGGAUUGCCUCAGCUAUGUGGUCUCAUGGCUCUUCCUGCGGAAGUGAAGGUACUCUGUUGUACUUGAUAUCUUUUUAGUCAUUUACUGGUUCUUCUUUGGCCACUAGGCAUAAAAAAGUUUGUUUUUAUUUUAGUUUUUUUUUUAUUAUUUAUUUAGACUGCAGCCAACUCAACUUUGUUUGCACCUUAAAGUUACGUUUUGAUGCACAAAAUUUAUUUCAAUCAUUCUACUUACCAGGUAGUUUACAUAAAAAAUUAAAAGCUAUUAAAUUAAAAGUUCAGUUUAACUUAAGAGUUCACUAGAAUUAGAUACAUGUAGGAAAUAAGGUAACAUUUUUAGUAGUUACAUAUUUAUUUUAUUACAUGUAUUUAUAAUGAUACAUGUGAAGUUUUUUUCCGGGUUUUUCAGCUAAUGGUUCUUGGAAGGCUUCCUGUUCCUUCCAUAUUGAAUGUAGCUAGCACUUGCCAGGAAAUGCGAUCUCUGUCCAAUGAUCCUUCCCUGUGGCAGCACCUUGUUUUUAGAGAUUUUGGUAAGUACCAAGGGUAUGACCACCACCUGGAGUUCUAUUACAAAAAUUCAUUAAUUCUGGAACUCUGAUUAAAAAAAUGCUGUGUUGGGAAUGAGAUACAGUGUGAAAUUAUUACAGAAACAUGCAAUUUAUAUCUCAAAUUAAGGUAGAGGACAAAAUCCUGUAGCAUGAUCUAAAUGAAAUGUCUAGUAUGGUUUACAGGACUCAAAAAAAACUUGAAUUCCAGCUUGUCCUUUGGGUAAGCAGCCCUCACAUGUUGCUUGCCCUGGGUCACUUCUUGCUGGUCUUAGUUAAUGAUUUAGUUAAAAGAUGACUUGCUUAGACCCUUGCCCUUUGGGCAAGUGAAUUUAAAAGUUACUUGCCGUGGAAGAAAAUCUGCUUGUGCCAGACAACCGAAUGGGAAAAAAGGAGGCCAAGAUUAGUAUCAAGGCAGGUUUUUUCAUUUGGUUGGUUGGUUAUUUUGUUGUUAUUGUUGUUUGUUUUAUUUUGUUAAUUAAAAAUUAAUGUUUUUUUUUUUCAUUGCAGGGAGGAAGACAAAAGAUCCAGCCAAAAGCUGGAAAAUGGUGUGCUAUAAAAAUUUGUAUAACUUGUUUUAUAAUUCUUGCAAACAGUGGCAAUUUAAGCAUCAAGUGAUUAUUAUGACUGGAACACAAAUUUUAUUUAUUUUAGGAGUACAUCUCACUAUACCGAGCAAAAAAAGCACAUGAAAAGAUGAGAUUACAGUUGCUGGUGCCACCCCCUGCACUGUACCUCCCUGGGCAUGGGAUUGGUACACAGCCUUUCAGGGGGGACACAUUCCCUCCAGGCAUAAUAGGUAAGUAGUUUUGCACAAAAACUUUGGAUCAUUUCCAUUGCGAUCUUUUGCCUCUAUUGUUUUGGUCUCUCAAGUUUCAUUGAAAGAUCAUUAAUUUUUGACAAACACUUUGUACAGGAUGAAAAAGUCUGCUAAAGUUACGUUGUGUAACUGUUGGUCUUUUGUUGCUCUCAGGAGAAAUUGAGCACAUGUUGUGAAAUUAUACACUUAAACUCAACCAUGUCCUCUGCUAAUGCAGUCCAUUCCAGUGCAUAUUAUCAUGCCAAAGUAGAAGUGUUUCUUGAAAUUUAAUGGUCAAAAAGUCACAUACCGCAAAAAUUAAAUGUAAAUACGGGAUUGAGAAAUUCAACUGGAAAGUUACAAGUAGAUCCUGUAGUUAUGUUUUUUUCUUAAGGUGAACAAUUAUUUUCAGGUGGUCAUAGUGAUCUUUAUCCUAAUUUACCAUUCAUGCCUGGUGGUAUCAACCCUAUGCCUGGU